AAAAAAAACAGUAGCCUACAUUGUAGAAGUUUACAAUGUAGGCCUCGUCAUUUAAUAUUUGUUAACCUUAUUUAACUAAUUCAACGUUACUGACCAGAUUAAUGGCCAUGAAUCCCCGCCUCUUACAUCUAGAGUAGCUUAGGGGUGUGGUGAGAAGCGUUUGUGUGGAGUGAUCCGAGUGAACAAACUUCUGUGGUCACUGCUUCAACUGCUUCACGCUCGUCUGACAGUUGUGGAUCAUCAUGGCCAAACGUGUUGCUGUGAUUGGAGGAGGAACCUCUGGGUUGACCUGCAUCAAAUGCUGCCUGGAUGAAGGCCUGGAGCCAGUGUGUUUUGAGACCAGUGAUGACAUUGGAGGUCUUUGGAGGUUUAAGGAAAAUCCAGAUCCAGACCGUGCUAGUAUUUACUACUCAUUGAUUAUCAACACUUCAAAGGAGAUGAUGUGCUACAGUGAUUUCCCCAUCCCUGCCCACUUCCCAAACUACAUGCACAACUCCCUCAUCAUGGACUACUUCCGAAUGUACGCUGAACACUUCCAGCUCAAACAGCACAUCCGUUUCCAGACAAAAGUCCUUCAUGUGACCCCAAGGCCAGACUUCCCUCACUCUGGUCAGUGGGAUGUAGAGACGGAGUCCAAGGAUGGUCGGAGAGAGAAACAGGUGUUUGAUGCUGUGAUGGUCUGCACCGGUCACCACUGUCACCCUCACCUCCCUCUAAAAGACUUUCCAGGAAUAGACACGUUUAAGGGGAAAUUCUUCCACAGCCGCGACUACAAAAACCCUGAAGAUUGGCGAGGGAAGAGGGUAGUUGUGAUUGGCAUUGGGAACUCUGGAGGAGAUAUUGCUGUAGAGCUGAGCAGAAUGGCCAAACAGGUGUAUCUGAGUACCCGAAAGGGAUCUUGGAUACUAAAUCGUGUUGGAGACAAUGGUGUUCCAUCAGACAUGAUGUUAAAUAAUAGAAUGCAUAGUUGGCUUAUUCAUAUAUUACCUGUUGGAUUAAUCAACAAUGUUGGUGAGAAACGACUCAAUACACGGUUCAACCACAAGCUCUAUGGGCUGCAGCCUGCGCACAGAGUUUUCAGCCAACAUCCCAUGGUCAAUGAUGAUUUACCAAACCGGAUCCUCUCCGGUACCGUCUCGGUCAAGCCGAAUGUGCAAGAGUUUCGUGGAUCAAGUGCGGUUUUUGAGGAUGGCACAGUUGAGGAUGACAUUGAUCUGGUGGUGUUUGCCACAGGAUACACUUUCUCAUUUCCCUUUCUGUCUUCACAUGUAAUUCCUGUCUCAAAGAACAAGGUAUCCCUGUACAAAUAUGUGUAUCCCCCAGCACUAGAGCACCCAACUUUAGCCGUGAUUGGUCUGAUUCAGCCUCUGGGAGCCAUUAUGCCCAUAUCUGAGAUGCAAGCACGCUGGGCCACACGUGUUUUUAAAGGACGGUGCAAACUGCCUUCAAUGAGUGCAAUGAUGAAGGACAUUAAAGCAAAAGAGAACGAAAUGACUAAAAGGUAUGUGGCCGCCCAGAGACACACCAUCCAGGUGGACUACAUCCCCUACAUGGAUGAGUUGGCUAAACAAGUGGGUGUCCGUCCAUCUAUCCUGAAGCUGCUCCUGACAGACCCAAGACUGGCUCUGAACAUCAUCUUUGGGCCCUGUACCCCGUACCAGUUUCGCUUGCAUGGACCGGGCCGAUGGGAAGGUGCACGGCAGGCCAUCCUGACUCAGUGGGAUCGAGUCACAGAGCCCCUGAAAACACGCUGUGCACCGGAGCCGCAGUCACAGCGCUCCUCUUAUUCACUCUUAUUCUCAGUGUCUGUUGCAGCGCUGCUGUCUGCUCUGUAUUACAGCAGGGCCAGUCUGCACUUACUCAUAGCAGACCCUUCAUCGCUCCUCGACAAGAUCAGGGCUUUUGUACCAUUGCCAGUGACCACACAGUGAUCGUAGAUAUCAUAAACUUAACAUACUUUCUAUGAAAUCUAACAUUAUAACAAGCAAUAAGGGUUAAUUGUAACUGAGAAAAAGUAUGAGAUUCUUAAAUUCUUUAAAUUAUAGAUGUAACUUCCAGCUAUCAUUGCAUUUGCAUAUUAAAAAGAUAUAAAUAUACUGUAACAAAUACAAAAGUAAUAAAUGAAAACUUUUUGAUCAUUAAAAGAAAGGUAUUAAUAUACUUUUUCAGCACUACACAAGCUAUUUUAACCAUUGAGCAUAAUCAAUUUUAUCAAAAUGUUACUGUACUAUUAUGAACAAAUUACCUUAUCAUUUGUUGUAGUAUUGAUAAGAAAAAAUAAAUCUUUGUGAAUUGUCCUUGUUAGCACAGUGCCAUCAUUCUGCCACAUAUAUUUUGUGUUCCACAGUAAAAAAAAUAAAAUAAAAAUAAAAAUCA